AUGCUUUCUUUCAGAGAUUUAUCUUACAACAAUUUUACAAAGUCUUCUGCAACUAGCUGCCAACAGCUGAAUCUAACAUUUUGUUUGAAGAGGAACCUUCCUUGUGCAGGAAACCCUCAAUAUGAUUCAUUGUUUAUAAACUGUGGAGGAUCGGAAGGAGAUUUUGAUGGAAAUCACUAUGUAGGUGACCUGCAGGAAAAUGGAAUUUCAAAUUUCGUUCUUAGAAAUGCAGGACAAUGGGCUUAUAGCAGCACAGGAGUGUAUAUGGGAGAUGUUCAUGCAGAUUAUACAGCAUCAAAUACAUAUUCUUUGAAUAUUAACGGCCCGGAAUACUAUAGAACUGCUCUCCUUUCCCCUCUGUCACUUAGUUACUAUGGCCUUUGUAUGAAGAACGGGGAUUAUAAAGUGGAGCUCCACUUUGCUGAGAUAAUGUUUUUUCUGAUGACCAGACUUUUAAAAGUCUUGGAAGGCGCAUAUUUGAUGUUUCAAUUCAAAAACCAUGUACAUGUUGUAUCUGCAAAUAAGAUUGGUGAAGGUGGAUUUGGGCCAGUAUUCAAGGGUGUGCUGUCAGACGGUGAUGUCAUUGCUGUUAAACAGCUCUCCUCCAAAUCAAAGCAAGGGAACCGCGAAUUUGUUAACGAAAUUGGAAUGAUAUCUGCUUUGCAGCAUCCAAAUCUUGUUAAGCUCUAUGGCUGUUGCAUUGAAGGAAAGCAGUUGCUACUGAUAUACGAAUACAUGGAGAACAACUGUCUUGGCCGUGCACUUUUUGGUCAUCAGGAACAGAAGCUGCACUUGGAUUGGCCUACAAGAAUGAAGAUAUGUCUUGGUAUAGCUAAGGGUUUAGCUUAUCUUCAUGAAGAAUCAACACUGAAAAUAGUACACAGAGACAUCAAGGCAACUAAUACAAGGAGAAACUUAGCUAAGCUGGAGAUCUACAGAAAAUUUACAAAUACCCUGGCAGUGUCUGUGCUACUGUCCAUUGCAUGGAUUGGCAACGCUUUUGUAAAAAGCGCUGUCUAA